AUGACUACGGAAAACACUGGACUGAGUUGUUUCCGCCAGAGCGCCAGUCGACGAGGGAAAGAAAGAGCGGAGAACCACCUCACACUUACUAAGCGAGUUGUCCUCUACUGCCCUCUGCUGGACACAAGUUUCAGAGAAAAAUAUAAGCCAGUUGUAACUAAAGACCAUCUGUUCAGGCUGUACUUUAAGGUCCAUGCCAGUAAAGACAGGAUGGAAACUUUGCUCCAACAGCUGACCCGUGGUAAUGCUCUGUUCCUCAUCAUCAUUUUGGGAAUUGGAGGAAGCUUUCAAGCUGGCUACCACAGCACUGAAUUGAGCUCUCCAUCACCGUACAUCCAGCGCUUCAUCAACAGCAGCUGGCACCACAGAUAUGCAGAGCCUCCGCCUCCACAGACCAUCACGGUCAUCUGGUCCCUCAUCGUGUCCCUGUAUGCCGUCGGGGGACUCUGUGGGGCCGUCAGCGUCAAAUGGAUCACCGGCACAGUGGGCAGGAAAAAGGCGAUGCUCUGCGCCAGCUGUAUCGCCAUUGUUGCAGCAGGUAUCACGCUGGCAAGUAAAGGAGCCAAAUCAUACGAGAUGAUUAUCGUGGCACGGGUUCUGUACGGCUACUCCACAGGUUUGGGGGCCAGCUCCCAUGUCAUAUACCUGGCGGAGAUUUCACCCAGAAAGAUCAGAGGGAGCGUGACUCUGACCUCGGCCACCUUUUUGUCACUUGGGAAACUGUGUGGACAGUUUUUUGGACUCAGUGAGAUCCUCGGCCGCGAGGAGCUGUGGAACGUCGUCCUCUGUGUCCCUGCUUUCUUCUCAGUGGUUCAGGUCAUCGCGUUGCCUUUUCUCCCCGAGGCUCCCAGAUACUUAUUCAUAGAGAAAGGUCAUGAUAAGGCUUGCAAAAAAGCUCUCCAGAGUUUGUGGGGCCAAGGUGACUACAAACAGGAGAUGGAAGAGAUGCUGGAGGAGCAGGCUGCCAUUGAGAAAGCCCCACAAAGAAGCACCCUGCAAAUCCUCAAGGACCGCAGUGUCCGAUGGCAGCUUCUCACCAUGUCCAUCGUCUACUGCUGCAACCAGCUGUCGGGCAUUCCUGCAAUCAAUAUCUUCUCUUUUGACAUCUUCUUGAAGGCAGGCAUACCAACAGACAAGAUCCGCUAUGUUACUCUUGGUCUUGGAGUAUCUCAGAUCCUCACCUCCAUCUUCUGCGGGCUGCUGAUUGAGCAGAUAGGGAGGAGGCCGUUGUUCUGGGGGGGUUAUGGUCUCAUGUCUGCCAGCUUGGUGUUGGUCUCCGUCACGCUCAAUUUGAAGGAUUCCAGCUACUGGGUUCCAUACAUUUCCGCUAGUUUGAUCUUCCUCUUCGUCAUCUUCUUUUGCGGCGGGCCUGGCGGAGCCACGAAUACUCUGCACAGUGAGAUCUUCAUCCAGUCCGACCGCCUGGCAGCAUUUGUCCUCAUGGGGGUGCAGCGCUGGUCGCUCUUCGCUGUCCUGGGCCUCUUAUUUCCAUUCCUUAUAGACGCCCUGGACGCGUACUGCUUUGUGCUGUUCACCUGCGUGUGCCUGCUGGCUUGUCUCUACACCUUCUUCCUCCUGCCGGAGACCAAAGGGAAGACCAUCAUGGAGAUCUCUCAAGAGUUUAAAGCCAUCACCGUCUGUGGGAAAUCCUUCUCGGAGGAAAAGAGAGUGGAGACCAAGUUGUGAGGCAGUCCAGAUACAGGAGUAUCUGACAGAGGAAUGAUGGAUGGUUGUGUGCGAACCAAAAGGACAAUAUUUAUGCUUUGUCAAGUAUUUUUAAUUACAUUGCACAACGCAUCAGUCAAUAGACGGAGGGAAAUCCCCGUCGCAUUGCAGCUAAAGGACGAACCUGAAAACCACAAUGAACGUUCAUGUUUUA